AUGAUCCCCACACUGCUCUUGCUGGGCCUUACGGCCCUUGUCGCUCCAUCUAUGAGUUACAGUUGCUAUGGUGAUAUAAGUGCUCUUCAAGCCCCCAUGAUCUCCUGUACAGCCGUAAGAGCCCCAGACUGUGGACCCGCCAUGGUACGGAGGACUGCUGAGGCAGACAUCGUGCGCCUGAGGAAAUACGAGAUGCCGAUUAAGAGAGUAGCCAGAAACCUGUGCUUGGACCCAGCACUCAUUGCUGCCAUCAUCUCGCAGGAGAGCCGUGUCGGGCUGCUCCUGGACAACGGCUGGAAUGAGGACCGGCACAAGUAUGGCUUGAUGCAGCUUGGUGGGCAGCAACACCACCCUUUUGGAGUGUGGGAUAGUGAAGAACACAUAAAUCAGUGCUCAACUAUCCUGGUUCUUGCAAUUAAUGAAGUACGGGCAAGACAUCCUACCUGGACCUGGGACCAGCAGCUGAGAGGGGGAAUCUGCACCUACCGUGCAAAAAUGAGCAACUUCCAGGUCUAUGAGGAAGACCCAUGUGACAGAGACAACUACUACGUCAACAGCGUGAUUAGACGAGCCCAGUACUUUAAGACACAUGGGUUCUAG